UCCUGUCAGUUGCACAAGUGGAAGAGGACCCAAACAAAAAAUUAAUAUUCAAUCCCCACCACGGAGUGCAGCUUUCACCAUGGCCACAUCAAUGUUCGCGAGAGUGACUUUCUAUCCAACAUUAUUAUACAAUGUGGUCAUGGAAAAGGUGACCAGCAGGCGCUGGUAUGACAGGAUGGAUGAUACAGUCAUCCUAGGAGCCCUUCCUUUCCAAAGUAUGGCGAAACAAUUGAAGGAAGAAGAAAAUAUGAAAGGAGUAGUUUCAAUGAAUGAAACAUAUGAACUGAAGAUAUUCUCUAAUGAUGCUGAGAAAUGGCGGGAACAAGGCGUGGAGUUCCUCCAGCUGGCCACGACAGACAUAUUCGAAGCUCCCGACCAGGACAAACUAUACGAAGGAGUCACAUUUAUUAACAGGUUUCUACCGGCGGACUGCAAGUUGUCGGGCGUGCCGACGGAGUGUGAGCAGGUGAACAGUGGCUCGGUGUACGUGCACUGCAAGGCGGGCCGCACGCGCAGUGCCACGCUCGUGGGCUGCUACCUUAUGAUGAAAAACGGCUGGUCACCUGCGGAGGCAGUUAACUACAUGCGGAUACGAAGACCUCACAUCCUACUCCACACGAAGCAAUGGGAGGCUCUAGACAUCUUCCACCGGAGACACGUCACCAGGACCUGAUCACACUGCCUCAAUUGCCUCUAACUAGUAUAAUUAGCCAACCACAGAGCUAAAAUGAACCGUAUUUGUAAGAAACUAAGGUACAUAGUUCAUCUUCCUUUUAUGCGCAAGUAACAAGGUAAGAAGAAUUUUGUAUCUUAUUAUUUUGUUAUUACGGUUGUUUUUGAGAUAUAAAUCAGAAUAUAUUAAAGUACUACAUAAAAAGUACUUGCGCAAAUUAUAUCCUUUACAUAUUUGUAUAGUACAAGGUUGCGCAAAUAUCAUAAACGGUUGCGCAAAAGACUUGCGCAAAGUUUUGUUACAGCGCAAAUACUAGAAACUUUGCUCAAGUCUUCCAAGCGUUUUGUUACUCUGUGGUGAGCCUGUGUAUUCAAAAUGGUAGUCAUUUUGUAUAAUCAUAUAGCCAAGGUUACUAGUAAUGUAUUUCAAAUGUAUUUAGGUACUUAGAUAAAUGUUUUAAUACUAUUGUAAGUACAAUUUACUUGCGAGUCGCUCGAAUAGUGUCACAAGCCAUCUUUGAAAAUUACUUUAAAAAUUUUAGACUGUUUUCGUAAUGUUCUAGAAGAAUUUAUUCCUGAUUUUACUGAAUUUAUUCCUCUGUCUGUACCAUUUUUAUAACAAACAACUACGUUUUUCGAUUUUACACUAUUUCAGCGGAGAAGUAAUAAUAAUAAGACCUAAUAUUUAAAUAUAAAAGACAUUCUAACAAUCAAAUGAAAUGUGCUAUAGCUGAAUAACAAAUAAAUAAAUAAUUCACAUAAAACGGAGAUAGAUACAUUAUCUAUCCUCGUCUUUAAUUAAUGCAGAGUGAAAGAGAUGACACUCUAUUGAGAUGAUCUUAGGACGGUAUUAUCUCUUUCACCCUUGUUAUUUUACAAGUCAAUAGGUACAUAAUGGUUUAAAAAUACAAUUUCAAUCAUAAAACAAUAUGUUAACUUAAACUUAUUUUAUAAAAACAAAACGAUAAUAAUGGUUCGUUUAUCUUGAUAAGUAAUUUUCGCUUUGUAGCUCUUUUAUCAAACAUUAUAUUACAAUUCAUCUAUUAUUUAUUUAUUUACAAAAAAUAUCUUCAAAUUGAUUUAUCUAUAUCUACGUUGCUUUACUAAGGCAUAAUGCCUUAAAAAUAUUGUAGUCUGUGGCAUCUAAUGUCUUAAAUUGAACAAAAAUAUUAUAUUAUAAUGAAGCCAAGAUAAUAUACCUAUAUAUAAUAACAUAUUACUCGUAAGAAGUAAGCUGUGUCCUUUACAUUUCAUCUUUUAUCUAAAUUCUUGGAUUUUUCUCCAUCUUUCUACGAGGCUAAAAAGCCACUGUUCCAAACCAAAUAAAUAGAAGUACAGUAAAAUAUAUUGUAGAAACGUUAAUGCAUAAAGUUACCCCAAUAUUUUUAUUAAAUGUUCGGCUUUAUGUUUCAGAAAUAAAGU